CACCGGGGCGCGCCUGCCCCUGUCCCACCUGUGCAGCCGCCCGAACCUGCUCCCGGCGCGGCGCGGCCGGAGGGAGCUCGGAGCCAGAUCCCUGCAACACUGCAGCUGGUGGCCAGUGGCCUCUGAGCCCUCUGCACCAUGGCCAGCGAGAAGAUGCAUGGUGCCCAGGACCUGCUGGAGCUCAACUUCCAGUCCCUAGCUAUGAAGCACAUUGACCUGAAGCAGGUGGAGCUGGACACGGCCGCAGCCAAGGUGGAUGAGCUGUCCAGACAGCUGGAAACCCUGUGGACGGACAGCCCAGGGCAGACUGCUGGGCAGCCUAAGGUGGACAGAUACGGCGCCAGCCCCUCGCACGCCCCAGAGCCGCUUGGCUUGGCCACGUCCCCACAGCUUCAGUACGCCAGGAAGAACUUGUCCCUGGAGAGCACCAACAGCUACAUCUCCUACCACGCUGAGACCUUCUCGCCCACCGCCGCCUGCAGCCCCCCUGCCAAGGCCCUGCUGGGCCACCCCGCCUCGCCCCAGUCCCCCUUCUACCUGCAGGGCGAACCCCUGGAGCGGGCCCAGUCGCCCCGGCCCAAGGUGCUGCCCGUCUCUUACGACUCGCUGCCCCUGCCCAGCCCCAAGGCACGCGCGCCCUCCCCGCGCUCCCUGUGGCAGGCUGGGGCCACGGAGCGCCUGUCCUUCUCCAGGCCGGCGGGCCGCGCCAGCUCCCCCCGGCUGCCGCCCGCCCCCUCUGAGGCCUCGGCGCUGCAGAUGUUCUUCCCGGACCGCGCGCUAUCUCCCCGGCCGCCCCACCCGCCGCCCUACGAGAGCCACAGCCUGUUCCCCACUGGGCCCAGCUCCUUCGCCCCCUUCCGGGCCCAAGAUGACCUGGUGAUCCGGCGAAGGCCCCAGAGGAGCUGGAACGAGUCAGACCUGGACGUGGCGUACGAGAAGAAAUCAUCCCACUCGGCCGGCUACGAGAGAGGAGAUGUGCACACAGGGCUCAGGCAGGUGCCCGCGGGGCUGAAGCUGGCUCCUUGGAGGGAAUCGAGCCUGGAUGGGGUCGCAGGGCAAGGCAAGGACGAGCACCCCCAGCCUUAUGCCAUGCACAGCGCCACGCUGCCCCGCAAUUACAAAGUGUCCCUGCUGCCCAGCGAGCGCAGACCAGACAGCUCCUUCCGCAGGCUGCUGCCCGCCAGCCAGACGGGCACCCUGCCCCGCAACUGGCAGUUCUCCCAGCAGCCCAUCUCACGCAUCGCCAUGCCGCCCCCCAGCCUGCAGGGCACGCGGGCGAAACGCCACAAGCCUCUGCCCCUCUCCAUGAUCUUCAAGCUGCAAAACGCCUUCUGGGCAUCCGGAGCCUCCAGUGCCAAGGGCCAGCCCCAGGGGGCCCCAGGCUCCCCCAUCUUCCUCCGCUCCCCACAGAAGCAGCCCCAGCUCCAGCAGCUGUCUCCUCCGUCCCAGGCUCCUCUGCGGCCGGCCCCGUCGGGGGCUGAAGCCGCGGGAAGGGCCUCAGCCCUUGAAGCACCGGUGGAGCCCGUGCGAGGGCCCCGGUUGGGGGGCGACACGGAGCCCGAGCUGGAGAGCAUCCUGCGGAGCAGCGAGCCAGCAGAGACGGAGGAGGUGGCUCGGCCCUUGAGCCCCACCCGCCUGCAGCCUGUCCUGCCCCCCGAGGCUCAGAAGGUGCCCGAGUUCAAGGAGGUGGCUCGGGUGCUGGCGGAGAUUCCCCGGCCCCUGAAGCGCCGUGGCUCCAUGGAGCAGAGCCCCGGCCCUGUCCUGCCGCCCACCCACAAGAAGCAAUACCAGCAGCUCAUCAGCCGCCUCUUCCAUCACCGGGGCCGCAAGGAGGAGGCCGUGUCGGUGGGGGACGACCUGCCACUCAUCACGGAGACAGCUGAGCUGAAGGCAGCCACCCCAGUCAGCCGUGCCCCGACGCCCUCGCCCCAGAGCCCACCAGCACCCGCAGCGUUGCCCCUGCUGGCUGUUACGGAGAGCCCCGGCACCCCGACGCCCAGCCCCGGCACCCCGACGCCCAGCCCUGUAAGUGCACCGAGGAGCUGUCAGCCAGACCCCAGCCCUGGCACCCCGACGCCCAGCCCCGGCACCCCGACGCCCGGCCCUGUAAGUGCACCGAGAAGCUAUCAGCCAGACCCCAGCCCCGGCACCCCGACGCCCGGCCCUGUAAGUGCACCGAGGAGCUAUCAGCCAGACCCCAGCCCCGGCACCCCGACGCCCAGCCCCGGCACCCUGACGCCCGGCCCUGUAAGUGCACCGAGGAGCUGUCAGCCAGACCCCUGCCCCGGCACCCUGACGCCCAGCCCUGAGAAGCGCUCGGCGCUGCGCAAGGUCUCGUCCCCGAGGCGGCGGCUGGGGAAACGGGUGCAGCUCAACCCCCUGGUGCUGCUGCUGGACGCGGCCCUGACGGGCGAGCUGGACGUGGUGCAGCAGGCAGUGAACGAGCUCAACGACCCGAGCCAGCCCAACGAUGAGGGCAUCACAGCUCUGCACAACGCAAUCUGCGGGGCCAACCACAACAUCGUCGACUUCCUCAUCAGCGUGGGCGCCAACGUCAACUCCAUGGACAGCCACGGAUGGACUCCCCUGCACUGUGCCGCCUCUUGCAACGACACAGCCAUCUGCAUGGCCCUCAUCCGGCACGGAGCCGCCAUCUUCACCACCACCUUCAGCGACGGCAGCAUGGCCCUCGAGAAGUGCGACCCCUACCGGGAGGGCUACAGCGAGUGCUUCAACUACUUGGCCGAUGUGGAGCAGAACAUGGGGCUGCUGAACAACGGGGUGCUGUAUGCUCUGUGGGACUACAGCGCUGAGUUCAGCGACGAGCUGUCCUUCCGCGAGGGGGAGCCGGUCACCGUGCUGCGGCGCGACAGCCAGGAGGAGCUGGACUGGUGGUGGGCCUCGCUCUAUGGCCAGGAGGGCUACGUGCCCAAGAACUACUUUGGGCUAUUCCCCAGGGUGAGGCCUCAGCGGAAGAAGGUCUAAUGCACCAGCACACGGCUCAUCUGCUGCUGCUGCUGGGAAUGCAGCUGGCACCUGAUGAACUUAGGGGCUGGGGGGAACAUGGGGUUCUGCUGUUGGGAUUCUCCCCUGCUGGGAAGUGCUCCCUUCUUCCAAGGACUUGGUCAAUUGGCCCCUGGGGGCUGUGAGGACCGGGGGGGGGUAGGGCUGCCAGGGAGCCAGCU